AUGAAUUUAAUCACAACCAUCCUAAUCAUCACAGUAGCCCUAUCUUCAAUCCUGGCAAUCGUGUCUUUCUGAUUACCACAAAUAAACCCGGACGCAGAAAAACUAUCUCCAUAUGAGUGCGGAUUUGAUCCACUCGGAUCUGCUCGACUGCCUUUCUCACUACGAUUCUUCCUGGUAGCAAUCCUAUUCCUCUUAUUCGACCUAGAAAUUGCCCUCCUUCUUCCCCUGCCCUGAGGAGACCAACUCCACAACCCUACCGGAACAUUCUUCUGAGCCACCACAGUUCUAAUCCUGCUAACACUAGGACUAAUCUACGAAUGAACCCAAGGUGGUCUAGAAUGAGCAGAAU